AUGCUGCGGAGGCUGCCUGAGGGCCAGCGCCGGGACUGGUUCACCGUCGGCGGGGUCGUCCCCGCUGUCGAGCUCCUGGGCGAGGAGGAGCGUGUCGGCCUCCCUGGCGCUUCUCCCCGCUACCCCGCACAGGAACCACUGAGGGCUGCGGGAUUGCCUAUCUCAGAGAACAUUGGAACUGAAUAUGCUAAAAAAUACAGACAAGCAGAGGAACAAGAGCUGAAUGUAGCUGGAAAUUAUCAGCUUGUCUAUAAGCCAGGUACUUCAUUGUCUCAGUGUGAAUCAAGUGAUUCAAUUUCUGUACCAAUAAGUAAGUGUAAAUAUUUGGAUAUGCCUACAGCCAAACACAGGGAAAAGAUAGUGUCUCUCAUACAAAACAAUUCAGUUGUGGUUGUAGAAGGAGCGACUGGCAGUGGAAAGAGCACACAGAUUCCACAGUAUAUUUUGGAUUAUUGCAUGAACCGGUCUAUGCCCUGCAACAUUGCUGUUACCCAGCCUCGGAAAAUCAGUGCCAGCAGUCUUGCCAGGUGGAUUAGCAAGGAGAGGUCAUGGACACUUGGUGGAUUAGUAGGAUACCAGUUAAGUUUAGAGAACGUUUCGACCAAGGAGACGAGGUUGCUGUAUAUGACAACUGGAGUUCUGCUUCAGAAAAUAGUUUCUGCCAAGAGCCUCACUCAGUUCACUCACAUUUUUAUUGAUGAAGUGCAUGAGCGUACAGAAGAAAUUGAUUUUUUGCUCUUGGUGACCCGUAAACUGUUGUGUACAAAUUCACAGUCUGUAAAGAUAAUAUUGAUGUCUGCUUCCAUCAACUCCAAAGAAUUAGCUGAUUACUUUGCGCUUCCAGUUCAUAAUGGUUUGAAUCCAGUCUGCAUAUUUAAGGUGGAAGGCAGACCUUUUGCAGUUGAAGAAUAUUAUCUUGAUGAUUUGAAGGACAUUUUUGAUUUCCAGUUUCAUCGUCAGAGCCUUGAGGAACCAGUGAUAGAACAGAAAAUGUAUCAAAUGGCAGUGUCUCUGAUUCAAUCAUUUGAUGAGUUGGAAAAGAGGAGCAAUAGGGAGAAGAACUUCAGUGGUACAUCGGAACGUGGCAGCGUGCUCGUGUUUUUACCAGGUUUAGGUGAAAUAAGAUACAUGCACUCAUGCCUCUCAGAUAAAUAUCAAAGGUGGCAAGUGUACCCACUUCAUGCAUGUGCAACAUUGGAGGAACAAAGUAAAGUAUUUUCACCUACAGUUCCUGGCUACAGAAAAGUUAUUCUAGCCACCAAUGUAGCUGAGAGCUCUGUGACAGUUCCUGAUGUUAAGUAUGUGAUAGAUUUCUGCUUAACUAAAAUUUUGUUUUGCGAUAAAGAAACUAAUUACCAAAGUUUGAGGCUUUGCUGGGCAUCUAAGACAAACUGUAAUCAAAGAAAAGGUCGUGCUGGACGUGUUUCCAAAGGCUAUUGUUACAGGCUCAUAUGCAAGGACUUCUGGGCAGACUGUAUUCCAGAGAAAUCAGACCCUGAGAUGCUGCAUUGUCCAUUAGGAGCUACAAUCUUAAAGUUAAAGAAGCUUGAUAUGGGGGAACCAAAAGCCUUGCUGGCAACAGCUCUUUCUCCACCCAGUGCAGGUGACAUUGAACGUACAAUUGUUCAGCUGAAAGAGCUUGGAGCACUUACAACCUGUGUGCAAACAGAAGAAAAUCUGCAUGAUGGUGAGCUGACUUUCUUAGGAACAGUAUUGACACAGUUGCCAGUGGACCUGCAUCUUGGAAAAUUGAUAGUCCUUGGGCAUGUCUUUGGUUGCUUAGAGGAAUGCCUCAUUAUAGCUGCAGCACUGUCUUCGCGGAAUUUUUUUGCAGUACCUUUCAAAAAGCAUGUUGAUGCAUACAGGAAAAAAAUGUUCUUUGCUGGAAAUAGUAGGAGUGACUGUAUUGCAAUUCUGAAUGCAUUUAGGGCAUGGCAGGCCUGCAAAGAAAAAGGGAAGCUGAGAAAUGCCAAGGAAGAGCUUGAGUGGGGUCGAUCUAAUUGUGUUCAUAUAAACAAGAUCAAAGAGGUGGCGGAGUUAUUUCACAACUUGAAAAGGAGAGUCAGUGCAUUAAACAUGCAUGUUAAAGCUCAGCCAUCUGCUGUGGACCAGGAAUAUGUGUGCAAACAACGCUUCAUCUUGCAGGUGGUAAUAGCUGGUGCUUUCUAUCCAAACUACUGUACUUUUGGAAAAUGUAAUGAAGAAAUUGCCAUGAAAGACCUUGCUGGCAAGGAUCCAAAAACCACUGUAAUGCUGAAGAACAUUCCUCCCUAUGGAUAUAUAUACCAUAAACAGUUGCAGUCACUGCUUAGACAGUGUGGGCAAGUAAAAUCUAUUUCCUACAAUGGUACAAGGGCUUUUGUAGAAUUCUCCCGUAAUCCGAAGGAGAUUUUUAAGGUCCUUCCUGAAGUGUACCUGGCAGUCAAGAUGUCACAGCUGAAGAUUCCUAUUGAGCUGUGUGUUCAUCAUCCAGAGGAUAUCAGAAGACAAGUGCAAGAUGCAGGAGCUGCAGGUUUAGAAUUUUUAAGAGUAAAUGUGGAUUGUCAGAAGCAGACAGUGGAGCCUGUGAAGAUCUUAUUUGGUGAUUUACAAAUGUCAAAGAUGAUCCCAAAUCGUUUUCUGUCCAUCAGGGUAACAGAGGUAGUAGAAGUUGGACACUUCUGGGGUUACAGGACAGAUGAAAAAAACACAGCUGUACUCCGGGCUCUAAGUGCUGAAAUUGACUAUCAGAACCUACUGGAUUUAGCAGUGCCUCCAUGUGUAGAUGUGCUUUGUCUGGCACCAUUCACUUAUCUGGGAAAGAGAGGAUACUACAGAGCUCAUGUCCUGUAUAUUCACGGGGAUCUUGCUGAGGUUUUUUUUGUGGAUUAUGGCAAUAGAUCAGAAGUGCCUUUAAAUAAACUAAAAGAGAUUCCAAAGUGUCUUCAAGGGCUUCCUUUCCAGGCUUUAGAGUUCAAGAUCUGCAAGAUGUGUCCCUCUGCCAGAUCCCUGGUGUGCGGGGAGCCGUGGAGCUGCAGUGCCAGCCAGAGGUUUGCCUCGCUGGUCAGCGGCUGCACCCUGCUCGUGGAGGUUUAUUCCCUGGUGCACGGCGUCCUGCACGUGGAUGUGUUCCGGCACUUGGGCCUCAGGGGCCUGGUGAACAUUCGGGAUGUGCUCAUCGAGGAGCGUCAUGCUGAGCUGGCGGAGGAGUCACACGACUCACAGCAAAGCCAUGAUUUACUCAAGGAAUUAUUUUUGGAUGAAGCAAAGAAAGAAGAGCAAAUGCCUUUAUCUGCAAGACAGGAAGAAAAGCAUCUUAUUGAAAGAUUGUUGAACUGCUUUUCUGAAAAGAAAUCUGAUGCACCAACCCAUAAGGUAACAGUUUUUGGUCCAUUCAGUCCUUACCAGUUGAAAUGCUACAGUCUGACCAAAAUAUCCCAAUUCAGAAAUGUUUUCAUACAUAAGGACAGCAUAAACUCCAUUGUUGUCCAUGAUGGUGCAGAAGAUCCCUUUCAGCAGCUCUUGGUCGCCACUGAUGUAUCAGUAACUGCAGCUGGGUCUGUGAUUUUAGGUGAAACAUCUUUGAUGCCUCCUAUUCAUGGCCUGCUUGCACUCCUCAGUAUGCUGUUUGCUCCUGCAAUAGAACUCAGAGUUGAUAAAAGUGGGAAGUACUUUACUGGUGUUCUGUGUGGUUUGGGUUGGAGUCAGACAUCUGGGGCUCCACUGUUUCCAGCAAAUGAUAUGGAGGUGACAUUUGAUGUGCAUUUUGGACUGGAAGACAUAACAGAGAUAAACAGUCUGAGGACAGCUAUGAAUAAGCUGCUCUGUGAGCAAGCAUUGCAUUCUGGACAAGAGCAAGUGGCACAGCUGCAGGAGGAUAUUCGUCAGAAGCUUCUAUGUUUAAUCUGCAAAUCAAAGCCUCGAGACAUAAUUGAUCCUACCUGGUAUGAGAAGCCAUAUGCAUGGAAUCAGGUGGAUUCUCAGUGUAUUAUUGACGAGCCUGAAAAGCAGCAUGAAAGAGGAAAUUUUGUUUAUCAGCUCCACAAGCUUGUUUUGUUGAAUGAUUAAGUAUUUCUAGAAGUCUUUCAGAGGAUGAGGUAUUAAUAGUCUAAAAAUUAGUUCUGUCUUGUAUGCAUGUUUUGCAAGACUGUUCCUUAAUAUGAGUACAAGUGUACUGAAAUACAGUUUGGAAAAUGUUCCUGUGUUUCUAAAAAAAGCUGAGGUUUGCUAGCCUAGAGCAGAUAAGUUCAGUCAUAAAAGAAACUGAUGUAAAUCAGGAUGCAAUUUUCAUUUUAAGAAUACUUGUGAACAGGUUUAUCACAAGAUACAUGAAAGAUGAAGCAACUCUAGGCUUAGUUGUUCAUUUUCUGUCUAAAAACUCAUAAAUUACAGGGCGUGACUUUAUUUGUCUGUAAUUACAAGUUGCAUUUUCCUAUUUUCUUUUUAUUAGUUCUUUAAAAAAAUACGCAACAAAGGGGAUUGGUGUUUCCCUUAACCAAGAAAUAGAAGUCAGAAGAAACUGAUGAUCUAAAAUAUGAUCUGAUCCAAACUGUAUCUUCAUAUACUGGAUACAGUUUUUUGUUAAUUUCUUUGUACAGCAAAACAUAACAUGAUUUAUUUUCCUGUAUGGCAGAAGAAUGCUUUUGAAUUA